AAACACUUAAGCUUUGUUUAAAUUUCCUUUGCUUUUUUUGCCAGUCCCUCCAAGUCCCAAUGGGAUUGGAUUCUCCUGGCUUCCACCAAUGGCUCAAGUUGUUUAUUGCCCUCCACUUCAGGGCCAGGACAGUCAGCAGUCCUCAGGGGAUGGGUGACCUUCAGCUUCGUAAGCUAGAUGAGCUCGACUGCCUUAUUAAAGGAGUUCUGUACAUCGAUUCUGUUGGGUUCAAUGGCCAUUCAGAGUGCUACUAUUUUGAACACCCAACCGACACCGAACGGUGUCAGAAGCUCCCGUUCAACUUGGAGAAUCCAUACCCUCUCCUUUUGGUGAACAUUGGCUCAGGGGUCAGCAUUUUGGCUGUGUACUCAAAGGAAAACUACAGAUGGGUGACGGGCACCAGUCUCGGAGGGGGAACCUUCUUUGGGCUCUGCUGCCUUCUCACGGGUUGCUCCACCUUUGAAGAGGCCAUGGAGAUGGCAUCCCAUGGGGACAGCACCAAAGUGGACAAGUUGGUGCGGGACAUCUAUGGAGGAGACUACGAGCGGUUCGGGCUGCCAGGCUGGGCCGUAGCAUCCAGUUUUGGAAACAUGAUGAGCAAGGAGAAGAGGGAGUCUGUCAGCAAAGAGGACCUGGCCAAGGCCACCUUGAUAACCAUCACCAACAACAUCGGCUCCAUUGCACGGAUGUGUGCACUCAAUGAGAACAUCAACCGAGUUGUCUUUGUCGGCAAUUUCCUCCGGAUCAACACCAUCUCCAUGAGGCUUCUGGCCUAUGCUUUGGACUACUGGUCGAAGGGACAGCUGAAAGCACUGUUCUUGGAACAUGAGGGUUACUUUGGUGCAGUUGGUGCUCUGCUGGAGCUCCUGGACUCAGCCUGAUCCAUCCAGAUUCCAUACGUUGGAGCAAUGAAGUCACAGUGCCCACAUGAAGCUUUAAAGCACUUUCAUCAACGUCUCUGAGUGCUGUAUGUCUGUCUGGUUCCCAUAUUAUAGGUGUCGGCUGCAAGGUUCCAUGUUCUGCAGAUGAAAGAUUCUCAUUCUCUACAAAUUGUCUGUGGAGGGGUGAGAACUGUAGCACAGUAACACCAUAAGGACCAUUCUUGUCCCCUCCAGACCACACAGUGCUCUGCUGGACAUAGUCAUGCUAUCAGCAGGGCUGCACAUAACGAUACCAAAGAGUUUACUGUUUCUUUCAGUCAUAUAUUUGGGAUUUUUUCUGCAAUGCUUCAUUCGGUGCUUAUAAACUACUUUGGGAGGCAAAGCUGCAUUUCCCAUAUACAGCACUUGUUCUUUCUUCUGUUUCCUCCCUGCACACAGCCUGAAUAGGCUGUGCAGUUUGCAACCUCUGAGGAUGCUCUGCUCUCAGGACAUGGAUUUGGAAGUAGCACACUGCUUCCUCAAUAAACGAUCAGAACAACA